AUGAGUGUACCUGAAAUCAAAGAAACACAGAGACCUAACGAUAUUUCUACACAAUCACUGACUAAAUCUCAUAAUGAUGAAAAUCAUUCUCAAGUCCAUCAUGAUCCAUCACUAUCUCUUAGUUGGACUAUGGGUAUGAAUAGCAAUGUACCAUUGCUAAAUCUAUCUAUUAAUGGCAAAACUCGAUAUUUUUAUGCUGCUAGUAAUGUUGGUAUCAUAGGAACAGGAAGUGGAAAAGCACAAACUUUUCUACAAGGACAUGUUUCAACUAUUGUAAGUGCAGCAGUUUCACAUGAUAAGCAAUGGUUAGUAACAGCAGAAUCAACACCGGAAAUAUACUUAAUUAUUUGGAAUACAUUUACAACAAAACCUGUCAAAUAUCUAACAAAUAUUCAUGACAUAGGUCUCAUUCGUGUUUCAAUAUCUCGUGAUGGAAAAUUAAUUAGUAUAUUAACUGAAGCACCCAAUCAGCGUAUAAUACUUUGGCGUUGGUCUAAUAAUGAUGUUAAUCCAAUUGUAUUACCAAUCAUACCUAUGAGUUGUGAACGACAAUCAUGGUUUACUAUGAUUGAAGAUCGAUCGUACUUUUGUAGUAUUGGAAUAGAUUCUGUUAUUUUCUAUAGUACGUUAAACGAACUAUGUAAUCGAUUCUCUAUCGUCUUAAUUUCAGCUCCUAGUAAAGAUUCCGAUCAUAUGAAAUUAGAAAUACAUUCUGAUAUACAACGAAAACUUGGCCAAAAAAUUAGUCAAAUUAUUUUUUGUUAUAUGAUCCCACGCAAAUGUGAAGCAGUUAUAAUUACAUCAAAUGGUAAAGCUGUGUUUUUCGAAGUUGAAUUUGCACAAAUACCAUCACCAAUGGGGCAACGACAACAUACAGCCACUAACAUAGAUCGAAAUAGUAUACCAACAAGUACUUUAUCCACUACUCUACCUUAUUAUCUGUCGAAUUCUUCAACAGAACAACAAAUCUAUAUGCCAGAAGUAAUAAUUAUGAAACGUUUACAUGAUUUAAAACGUGAUAUAACAUGUAUCGAAUGGUUCAAUGAUCAUAUUAUUAUUGGAACAGCACAAUCGCAAGUAGCUGUUUUCGAUUAUAAUUUGCAUUUUAUUAAACAAUAUUCAUCAUUAAAUAUCGGUGCUAUCAUCGGUAUUAGCGUCGGUGAAUUUGAUCAAAAUGAAGACGGAAGUAAAGUAUGGACUAAUACACUGGAUAGUAAAAAUCAAUCAUUCGAGCUUGACGAUAUAAUAUGUCAAUCAAAUAACACAAUUCUUAUUGCACAACGAAAUUUCUCGCUAAUUAAAAUCGUACAAACAAUGCCCAUGGGCCAAAUUACUGAUUUAUGUCUUAGUUCAAUCUUACCGAUCAUCUAUAUCGGUACUUCAUUGGGACAUCUCCAUGCUUGGCAUGGUGAUGAGCGUUCUUUAUUUCUUGACAAAUUUAUAUCAACUGACACUAGUAUUGGAAUCUCAAAAUUGGCUCUCAAUAAAAAUUGUUCACAUUUAGCUAUUGGUUUAGACAAUGGUUUGAUCUGGUUGUAUGAUGCUGCUACAUACAAUCCAAUAAGCAAUCGUCCGUUGCAUAAUUCUCAAUCAUCGAUAACAUUCCUUCAAUUCUCUCCGAGUACACUCUUUUUAGCUGCUGUUAGUCUUGAUAGGGGCAUCACACUUCAUGUUCAAGAUGAGCAAAAAUCUCAUAUCUAUCAUAAUCAUGGUCAUUGUAUGAAUGAUUUUAGUAGCAUAACAGCAAUUCUAUUUACCGAAGAUCGACAUACAAAAAAACAACGAUUAUUUUCUUGUAAUAGUGAUGGUUAUCUUAUUGAAUAUUGUAUUGAUCCUCUACGUCAAUAUCCAUUUAUCAUACAAUCUCAAAUAGAUCUCGUUGAAUAUCCAUCAUAUGUAUCAUCUCUAGUGUUUUAUUCUAUUGAUAAAACAACUGAUUAUUUAUUAUGUUCAAUAAAUAAUGGACGAAUAAAAUUUUUUGAUAUUAAUUCUAAAAAAUGUCGGCAUACAGUUCAAGCGAUAGAUCAUUCAUUUCCACAGAUAAAAGUCUGGCGAAAUGAUUGUGAAGAUAUUUUGAAUAGAUCUUAUCUUGUUUAUCGAACAUCAAAUAAAAUUGGUGUUAUGAAAUUACCUGGAACAGGUCAUCCAAAUGAAUAUGAUAUGAUUUUAGCUCAUCCAACUGGUGUACGAUUAGUUGAUGUUACUCCUUGUCAUAAUCUUUUAAUUUCCUGUGGUGAAAAAGAUAAUUGUAUAUUUAUAUGGAAAUUUAAUAGGAUUUCAAUGGAAAAACGUUUAGAAAAUCAACCAAUCGAAUCAAAUCUCGAAGUAAAACAAUUUCAAUCUCUAUUUUAUUAUAUUCAAUUGCAAGAUGCAAGUAAUUUAACAAUUGAACAAUUCAUAUCGUUACCAUUAAUUAUUGAUUUUACUCGUGCACUUGGCAUUUAUAUAUCUGAAGGUCAGAUACAAGAAUUGUAUGAUGAACAAUGUUUCAAGAAAAAUAUUCUUGAUCCUAAUCAGAUAAAAAUUAAUUUUCAUGAAACAAUACGAAUUUUCUAUAACCAUUUCGCCAAUAAUACCGAUCAAAUGUCGAUUGAUGAUAUAGUGAAAUCGGUUUUUGAUGAAUACAAAUUAUCGAUAAAUGAAAAAAUUAAUAUUCAAUCACUGGCACAAACUCUCAUGACCAAUGGUGAGAAGAUGACAAUAGAUGAACUUCGUGAAGCUUUUGGAAUUCUUGAUAUUUUUAACGAUCAAGUGAAUUCUAUUGAUAGUUUACCAAAUGAAUUAGAUCUUGAUGGAUUUAUUCAUCUGUUUUCGCCAAAGUUAAAAAACUAA